AAUGCACAAUUUAGAGCAGGCUGGACAGGCGCCCGAAGAGGAAUGUGUGUCAAGGGCGGUAGCAGCCGCCCAAAGAGAAAAACCCAAAGCCGAAGCUUUUUUUGCGCAGACCCGAACCCAACCCGGAGAGCGCAAGCAAGCAAGCAACCAACGCGAAGCUUGGCGAACCGGCGGCGCCGCCGCUGCUGCUACUACCGCCGCCCCGCCUUUUCCUCUCCUUUCUUCCACCGGGGAGGAGUUUUCCGUAAGCAGCGGGCGUGGGCAUUUAAAAGGAAGGGCGGCGACAAGCCGCACAAAAGAUUGCUAUAGGCUUAAGGCGAGGUUGCAGCGGAGGCAACGGGAGGGAAAAGGGCGGCGGGGAAGGAAGGAGGGAGGCAGGCAGGCAGGCAGGCAAGCAAGCAGGCGCGUCGGCUAGGGCGCACGGCCGCCCGCCCUUCCCAGCCCUGCAGCAGCCAAGCCAUCCCCGCCGGGCGGUGGGAGCCACCGCAGAGGCGGGCUCCGCUUAGCAGGCAUCCCUCCCCCACUUUUUAAAAGAAAGUUGGGAAGUCCGGAGACCCCCCUUCCCCUCCCCUCCCUCCCCAACCCCGCUGAUAGGAAGCCUUGCUUUCCGGCCUCGGGAGUCUCUCUACCCUUCUUGGAAGUCGGGGCGUCCUCCCAAAGGGGGGGGUGGGGUGGGGGGAGAGAAGGCAAGCUAAGCCAUGGCCGGAGGAAGGGAGCGAAGCCGGCGUGGAUCCCGUCUCCAGGGUCUCCCCGGGCAACCCUCCACCUGACCGGAGCCCCCCGAAGUUCUCCGCCCGCCAAACGGAUGCGCCAACGCCUUGGAGAUGCGUCUUCCCGGAAACGAGGGAGCCAAGUGGGUGGCGUGAUCGGGGCAAAAAAAGGAGAAAAACGGCCCGGAGGAUUCCGGCUCGGCGAAGGAAGGAAGGAAGGAAGGAAGGUGGCCGCCGAGCCAGAGCCGCUGCCUCCCUCGCUUGCUGCGCCGCGUCUUCCCCCGGACGCCCGUGUCCUCCUUUGCUCCGGAGGUCUGGGUCGCGGCGGCGGCGGCGGCUGCUGGAUUCUCCCUGGGGAAGAAAAGUCAGCCGGAGCCGCGAAGAUGCCCUUAAAGACCCCAGGCUUUGAGGGUCCCAUGAGCCAGUGGCGGCCACCGCAGCGUUUUUCAUCCCCAGGCUGGAUGUUGUGACCGGUGUCUGGAGUUGGCAGCCGCCUCGGAAAGGUGGAAGGGACCCCCCUGGUGGCUUCUGCCCUGCUUGAUUCCCCACCACUUGGUGGUGGGUCCUGCCAGCCCCUUUUCUUUUUCCCCCUCCCGGUGCUCCGAGACUCUGGUUUAUUUGUGCAGAUUAAUGGAAUGAUGGUGCGGAAAGGGCAGAGCGAUCCUGCCGGGCUCAGCGGGGACUCCUCGGGAGGCAGCUGGAAGCGGAGUGGUGGCAGCAGUGGGGUCCCCAGAGGCAUGCGUGUGCCCCUCCGGCACCAUGGCUAGCGGCGGCUCUGGCAAGUCCACUACUGAGACAUCCACCCCCGGCGGCAGCUCUUUGCCAAGGAAGAAGCUUGUGGCCACCUGUGACCUCUGCAAAAUCAAGAUGCAGCUGGUAGCGGAUCUGCUCCUCCUAACCAGCGAGAGCCGGCCUGUCCAUACGGAAAGCUUGUCCGUGUUUGGAGAAUCCUUUGAAAAGUGCAGGGACACCAUCAUCGCCAGGACCAAAGGCCUCUCCAUUCUGACCCACGACGUCCAGAGCCAACUCAACAUGGGCCGUUUCACCGAGGUGGGGGACAUCCUGGGGGAGAUGGGGGACUUGGUAGUCUCUUUGACAGAGUGCUCGGCCCACGCUGCUUACCUGGCGGCGGUGGAGACGCCAGGGGCUCAGCCGGCUUUACCCGGCUUGGUGGAUCGCUACAAGGUGACCAGAUGUAAGCACGAGGUGGAACACGGCUGUGGGAUCUUGAAGACCACCCCUCUGUUUGACCUAAGCCCUCAGCUCCUUUUGGAGGUCUCUCAGAACAUGUCCAAGAACUUGAAGUUCCUGACCGACGCCUGCGUCCUGGCCAGCGAGAAGUCCAAGGAUAGGUUUGCCAAGGAGCAGUUUAAGCUUAGCGUCAAAUGUAUGAGCACCAGCGCUUCGGCUCUCCUGGCCUGCGUCCGGGAGGUCAAGACGUCCCCCAGCGAGCUGACACGCAACCGGUGCGUCUUGUUUAGUGGACCUUUGGUGCAGUCUGUGUGUGCGUUGGUGGGCUUUGCCACAGAGCCUCAGUUUUUGGGCAGAGCGGCCACCAUCAACCCAGAGGGGAAAGCUGUGCAGACGGCCAUUUUGGGCGGUGCGAUGAGUGUCGUCUCGGCUUGCGUGCUCCUUACUCAAUGCCUCAGGGAUAUAGCCCAACACAACGACAGUAGCACCAAGAUGACUGAAUACAGGGAAAGGUUGAGGAACUCGGCGUGCGCGGUCUCCGAUGGCUGCAACCUGUUAUCUCAGGCCCUAAGGGAACGCUCGUCACCCCGGACUUUACCGCCAGCAAAUGCAAAUUCUGUGAAUUAAUCGAUUCAUUUUUAGAUUGCAUGGCCGCCUCUUAACAUAAAGAUAUGACAUCCCUUUCCUGCCCCAGAUUUUCUUUUCGUAUACCAAAGAGUUUGCGUAGCGCAGUCCUUUCAUUCUUCUUCUUGAUUGCUAAAAUAACAGUGUGAGGAGGCUGUGAAACCAUGCUUUUUUAGCUUACAUGUCACAAUCGGCAUGGGUGUUUUUACCUGGGGACGGGAACAGGACGCACAUAUUCCCCCACCCCUCGCCCCCAAAUCUUUAAAUCAUCCGAGCAGCCUUAUAUUUAAGCAUGGAACUGUAAGCAGCUUGCAGUGGUGUAAAACAGGCAGGUAGGUAGAAUUCCAUUCAGGCAAAAGGGAGCAAAGGAAACCUGCAGUCUGCGCUUCCUUCUUGCUUGGCCCAAAAUCAAGGUCAGUUCUUGGAGGACAAGGCUCCCCCUCUUCGGUAGGCCUUGUGCAAAAUGAUUUAAAUUCCCUGUUCUUCUAUUGCUGGCUGCCAGCAGGCUCCUAGGACCUUGCCCAGGCUAGUCACUUUGGAAUGAUUCCUAAGGCUUUGCAUCCAAGAUGAUUCUGCUUCAUUGCUUCCUUCUUUUGUUGAAGCCUGUGGUCAAUCAGGGGUUACAGUAAUCCUAGGAAUGGUUUACUGACGGGGGUCCAAGCUUUAAUCGUGCUGGAUGCGAUUUUUAAAAUGUUAGGAGAUGGGGUUUUGUGGGAGGAGGGGUGGUUCUACCAAAAUCUCCUAGGUGUUUAGUUGAGCAGGAAGAAGAAAAAGGGGAGAGAGAAAGAGAGAGAGAGAAUAAAAAAAAGUUACCUCAGUUUUCAUACACUCUGGAAGAAAGAAAAAACUUUUAAGAAUGGGUGUAGCUACGGAUUUUUGUUUUGUUUUGUAUGGCUACUUUUGAAUGGAGUGAUGGGUUAGAAGUGCAUUUGGCAGGGAAAGCUGGGUGUCAUUUUCCAAUGGGGGAGCUACUGUGAGUAUGUUCAAAUAGGGAUUGGGGUAAAUUACACUAUAACAAAUGAGUGGUUUUGAUUUUUAAUUAUUAUUUUUUUCAGUGUUUUUUUUUUUUUUUAAUCUUGCAUGUACUGGAGUAUUUAUUUCAUCUAUUAAAAUGUUGUUUCUCA